AUGUUGUACAACAACAAGCAUCAGAGAAACCAGAAAUCGAAGACUACCAACAGGUUCCUUGUUAGCAUCAAUGUCUUAGGAAGUGCUGGCUUCCACUUCUCGGAUCAGAUUCCAGCUUUUUCCGACUUUAUUGCCCUUACUGUGCCUCUGAAGGGGAAAAUCGGUUCAACGGGAUCAAGGAACUUUGUGUUGUCUAACAAGUUAGAGACUCAAAACCUUGAAGACUCUAUGAUGACAACAACAACAACCCGGAAGACUUCAGGGAGAUGGAAGGCUUGGCUCAACAAGUCUUUUGGCCUUAUGGUUCCUUCUCAUUAA